UUUUAUUGUUUUAUUUUUUAUUUUUAAAUUGUCCGCAAUUAAGUGGGAACAACAUAUUCCCUGGAUUCAUGGUUUCUGAGGGUUAAAAUGUUUCAUCUCCCUAGUCCUGGUGGCCCCUUUCCUCCUUAGUCUCUCUGGCUAUUGCAAUUUGCAAGCUGUUAUAUUGUUGUUUUGUUUCAUUGGCUUAAAUAGGAUUCGUUGCUCUGUGAUUCCUUCUUUUUAUCACAUUAACAGCUAAGCAACACACAGCAAAAAUACACCCCACCACACAGACCCUUAUUCGUACCCCCAACCACUUUUUUUUCCCUUUUCUUUUCUUCCUUACUCGGUUAUUCUUUUUUAACCCACCCUUAUUCACUCUCUAUUCUUCUCUUUCUCUUUCUCUUUCUCUUUCUCAUACACAUGCUCUGUGUUUUGUGCAAGGGAUUAUUCCUAAGGAGCUUAUAUUUCUGAGGCCAACAUGAAUUUCUGUUCUCACUACAUGGAUGAUGAAUAUGAGAAACUGUUCCGAAGACUCAACCCCCCCAGAGUUGUCAUUGAUAAUGAAUCAGGCAAGAGCGCCACUGUUAUAAGGGUUGAUAGUGCAAACAAGCAUGGAAUUCUUCUCGAAGUUGUACAAAUCCUCACUGAUCUGAACCUCAUCAUAACCAAAGCUUACAUUUCUUCUGAUGGUGGAUGGUUCAUGGAUGUUUUUAAUGUCACUGACCAAGAUGGAAACAAAGUUACAGAUGAAGCUAUUUUGGAAUACAUUGAAAAGUCUCUUGGUCCCGAAUCAUGUGUUUCAUCUCCCAUGAGGUCCGUUGGGGUGAAGCAAACAGUGGACCACACCACAAUAGAGCUUAUGGGGAGUGAUAGGCCGGGGCUGCUCUCCGAAGUGAGCGCCGUCCUCACCAACUUAAAGUGCAACAUUGUGAGUACAGAGGUGUGGACUCACAACACCCGUGCGGCCGCUGUGAUGCAUGUAACCGAUGAUGAGACAGGCUCUUCAAUCACCGAUCUGAAGAAGCUGUCUCUGAUCAAGGAGCUUCUUUGCAAUGUGCUUGGUGGUGGAAACAGAAAAAGGGUUGCCAAGACUGUUGUUACUGAUGAAGUCACAACGCAUACCGACAGGAGGCUUCACCAGAUGAUGUUUGAUGACAGGGAUUACGAGCGAGUUAGUGACGACGAAUUUGACGAGAAGCAGAGGCCGAAUGUGAAUGUUGUGAAUUGGUCUGAUAAAGAUUAUUCGGUUGUUACCAUUCAGUGUAAGGAUAGGCCGAAGCUUCUAUUCGACACAGUUUGCACUUUGACAGAUAUGCAGUACGUGGUUUUUCAUGCGAACGUCAAUGCCGAGGGGCCAGAAGCAUAUCAGGAAUAUUACAUAAGGCAUAUAGAUGGGUCACCUGUAAAAUCAGAUGCAGAAAGACAAAGGGUGAUACAAUGUCUUGAAGCUGCAAUUGAAAGAAGAGUAUCUGAGGGUUUGAAGUUAGAACUCUGCACAACUGAUAGAAUCGGACUUCUUUCUGAUGUCACGCGUAUCUUUCGAGAGAACAGCCUCACUGUUACAAGGGCAGAAGUGACCACGAAAGGAGGCAAAGCUGUUAACACGUUCUAUGUGCGUGGCGCCUCCGGUUGCACAGUUGAUUCUAAGACCAUAGAAUCAAUUCGGCAAGCAAUAGGGAACACUAUCCUUAAAGUUAAGGGCACCCCUGAAGAAUCUGUUCCUCAGGAUUCCCCUACAAGAUCUCUCUUUGGUGGUCUUUUCAAGUCCAGAUCCUUUGUUAAUUUCGGAUUGGUCAAGUCUUAUUCCUGAGAAAAGAGUAUAUAUUCUCUCUCGCUCUCAUUGUACAGUGAAAGUUCUUGAGGUGCCAAAAAAAGGCCUUACCCCAAAUGAAGUGUGACUUUAGUUUUAAGGUUUAGGAUAUUAGGAUCAUUAGAAUAUCUUAAAAAGGUUGAACCUUAGGGAGAGUAGCUUGUAAUUCUCAACUCCUCUUCUGCUUUUAGUUUUAGUUUGUCAUUGUGAUUCUCUCCAUUCAAGAGUUGGAGUGUUGGAAUCACAGAGAACCUUAGUCAAUUAAAAGCUUGAAACUAGUUUCAACCUUCAUCAUGUACAUAUAUUUUCUCAUUUACUAAUUUAAUUUUCUAGAAGCA